AUGGCAAGGGUGGAGGCCAAGGUUUCAUCCAAAUUUGUCACCGGAGGAAUGGAACCAGGGAGCGCGGGCACGGGUGGGAUACGGGAUGUCAGAGAUGUUGAAUCAAGUGUAGGGGACCUCGGUUCGCCGUUGCGCGGCCGCCCACUUUUCGGGAGACAGGGGUCACCGGAAACUACCUUGGGGCUAGAGGAAAAUUCUGCCGAGGAAUAUGGCGAGGACGACGACGACGUGGUACAAGAUGAACCGUCGGCUACCUUUAUUGAAGUGCAAGACUUGGAUGACGAGGUGGAAAGCGACAUUCUGGUACUGGAGGGGGUCGAGACCUUGGAAAACGCGACGGAUAGUAUCGGGGAUAAGCAGGAAGCACACGCGGCCAUGGUUCGGGGGAUGGUCGACCAGCAGACGUCUCAGAUCAGGGACGCGGCUGAUGUUGGCGAGAAGGUGGACGCCGCCGCCGAAGGUCUUUUCCGCGAGCACUUUCCUUGGCUCCUUGACCUCGGGGUACAGGAGCUCUACGGCGUUUUUGUGCGGAAGAAGAAGGAGGCGAACUUGAUCAAGUUGUCGUAUCCCGACAAAAAGACCCGCGUCACCAAACCACGGGCGAAAGUGCUGUAUUACAUCAGCGGGUGGUUGCUCAGCAAGGUCUGGACGCACGUGAGACGGCAAAAGAUCGAGGAGAGGGAGUGGGUGUCCUUUGUAGAUCUCAACAAGUCCGCUUCCGCGGGAGCUGCGGUAGAGAAGGAUAAGGAACUGGAGCACUUAGUAGGUGAAGUGAAGAGGAGACACGACGAAAUCAACGGUGCUGGACUCCUGUUUGCCACGAAAGUGUUUUUCGAGUUCACAUAUGCUUUGGAGAUCGGGUACUUCCACAUCCUUUCUAAGCCCUUUCUGUUAGGAGCAUAUCUCGGAGACCUUCCGGGUGAGACGUUGCGGGUGGUCAGAGAAGCGACCGCGGUCAGGGAUGCGUGGGCUGAGUGCUGCCCACCCUCCUCGGGAAGCGUGAAUUUUGAGUGGGAUUCCAAGGUCGCUCAUGAGGUUUUCCUUUUCAUCGUCCAGAAAUGGCACAACUGCCGCAUGGGGGACAUACAUACGGCAUGUUAG